UUGCCAGGGACCCAGACGCGCUUCAGCCAGGAGCCAGCCGAUCAGACCGUAGUGGCCGGACAGCGGGCCGUGCUCCCCUGCGUGCUGCUCAACUACUCGGGGAUCGUGCAAUGGACCAAGGACGGGCUGGCGCUGGGCAUGGGCCAGGGACUCAAAGCCUGGCCGCGGUACCGGGUCGUGGGCUCCGCGGACGCCGGGCAGUACAACCUGGAGAUCACAGACGCCGAGCUCUCUGACGAUGCCUCUUACGAAUGCCAGGCCACGGAGGCCGCGCUGCGCUCCCGGCGGGCGAAGCUCACCGUGCUCAUCCCCCCUGAGGACACCAGGAUCGAUGGAGGCCCCGUACUGCUGCUGCAAGCAGGCAUCCCCUACAACCUCACAUGCCGAGCCUUUAACGCCAAGCCUGCGGCGACCAUCAUCUGGUUCCGGGAUGGGACGCAGCAGGAGGGCGCUGUGGCCAGCACGGAGCUGCUGAAGGACGGGAAGAGGGAGACCACCGUCAGCCUGCUGCUCAUCAACCCCACAGACCUGGACAUCGGGCGUGUCUUCACCUGCCGCAGCAUGAACGAGGCCGCCCCCAGUGGCAGGGAGACCUCCAUUGAGCUUGAUGUGCACCACCCUCCCACCGUGACCCUGUCCAUCGAGCCACAGACGGUACAGGAGGGCGAGCGUGUUGUCUUUACGUGCCAGGCCACAGCCAACCCUGAGAUCCUGGGCUACAGAUGGGCCAAGGGCGGCUUCUCCAUUGAAGAUGCCCAUGAGAGUCACUAUGAGACAAAUGUUGACUAUUCCUUCUUCACGGAGCCUGUGUCCUGUGAGGUUUACAACAAAGUGGGCAGCACCAAUGUCAGCACUUUAGUGAAUGUCCACUUCGCCCCCCGGAUUGUGGUUGACCCUAAACCUACGACUACAGACAUUGGCUCUGAUGUGACGCUCACCUGUGUCUGGGUUGGGAAUCCCCCCCUCACCCUCACCUGGACCAAAAAGGACUCCAACAUGGUGCUGAGUAACAGCAACCAGCUGCUGCUGAAGUCGGUGACCCAGGCGGACGCCGGCACCUACACCUGCCGGGCCAUCGUGCCCCGCAUCGGAGUGGCCGAGCGGGAGGUGCCACUCUAUGUGAACGGGCCCCCCAUUAUCUCCAGCGAGGCGGUGCAGUACGCUGUCAGGGGAGACGGCGGCAAGGUGGAGUGUUUCAUCGGGAGCACACCUCCUCCAGACCGCAUUGCGUGGGCCUGGAAGGAGAACUUCCUGGAGGUGGGGACCCUGGAACGCUACACGGUGGAGAGGACCAACUCCGGCAGCGGGGUGCUGUCCACACUCACCAUCAACAACGUCAUGGAGGCCGACUUUCAGACCCACUACAACUGCACUGCCUGGAACAGCUUCGGGCCGGGCACCGCCAUCAUCCAGCUGGAGGAGCGAGAGGUGCUGCCUGUGGGCAUCAUCGCCGGAGCCACCAUCGGUGCUGGCAUCCUGCUCACCUUCUCCUUCGUGGCCUUGGUGUUCUUCCUCUACCGGCGUCGAAAAGGCAGUCGCAAGGACGUGACCCUAAGGAAACUGGACAUCAAGGUGGAGACGGUGAACCGUGAGCCACUCACCAUGCACUCUGACCGGGAGGACGACACCGCCAGCGUCUCCACAGCCACCCGCGUCAUGAAAGCCAUCUACUCAUCCUUCAAGGACGACGUGGACUUGAAGCAGGACCUGCGCUGUGAUACCAUCGACACCCGGGAGGAGUAUGAAAUGAAGGAGGGGCCCAAGCCCUAG